AAAUGUAAAUGUAAAGAUUUGCAUGAAUGAGCAGGAAGCCCUGCAGCAGACUCACAGACGGAUGCAGAGGGGAGGAGUGUGGAGGUGUGUGCUGUGUGUUUGGAGGAGGGACUCCUUCAGUUAGAGAAGUGAGGCGUCACAAGUUCCUGGUUUCCAGUGAAGAAGAAGAGAGGCAGCAGUAAACCAUCAGAGCCUCAUCAUGAAAGUCCAUCACACUCUGAUCUGCUUCUUCUUCCUUUCAGCUCUGCAGGAUGGAAACGCUGAAGUCAACACCGACAAAAACAUUUCCUUUGGAGUCGUUGGAAGAAAUCUAACAGCUGAAUUCUCCUUUCCUGCUGGAACAUGGAAAAUGUUGUGCAGAGGAGAAUGUAAAGGAGGAAACAUUCUUAUUAAUACAACAGAUGAGAAGCAUCAAAGUUACAGAUACAGCACUGGAUAUGUAAUUGUAGAAAGUGCUCCUCAUUUCUCUGUGAGCAUCACACAGCUGAUCAUGUCUGAUGCUGGACAGUACAGCUGUGGUGUGGGUGAAUCUCCAUCAUCAGUUUCAUACAGACAGUUUGAAGUUGUUGUUGCUGAAGCACUGCUGGAUGGAGACGAUCCUGCUCAGCUGAAACACUUCUAUAAAGAAACUGGAAGCUCUCUCACAGUCGGAUGUUCCUUUAAUCCGUCUGGAGGACAAAAGUUCUUCUGCAGGGGAGAAUGUGGAGAGGGCGAGGUUCUUCUUCAAACAGAUGAUGAAGAUGCUUCCAAAGACAGAUACAGAAUUGGAUUUAGAGGAACUUCAGAGGAGACAUAUGGAGGAGGAGGAAUUGUGUAUGUGACAAUCACACAGCUGACUGAGUCUGACUCAGGACAGUACAGAUGUUCUCUGAAUCCAUCUUCUGGUCAAGCUUCAUUCAGAGUCUUUGAGAUCAACGUCACAGAUGCAGUCGUCCAAUCAGCCUUCUCACCUUCACUCACCUCCAGUGUAACCACGGAGCAGCCUGAGAAAACAUCUGAAGGUGUUUCGCUGCCUGUGGGUCUGACUGUGGCUGUCAUCAUCAUCAUCAUCAUCGUCCUCUCAUCACUGGCUGUUCUAAUAAUCUGCAUUAAGAGGAAGAGCAACAGAGGUUUGAGGACCAGAGGAAACUCAGAGGGCACAAACAUGGAGGACGUCCACUACGAGAACUGUACUCCAGGUUCUACACGUGAAGACUCGACCUACCAGAGCCUCCAUCCAGCCGCCAGGGACCAGGACCAGACCUACUCCACACUCACACACCACACAUGAGACUCUCUGGAUUCACACCUGGGUUUAUUUCAGUGCAUCAGGUUUAAAGUUUGAACACAGACCCUGAAAACUGUAAAUAUUAACUCGCUUUUGGAGUCAGCUUCAAGUGGCCGUUAGAGGAACUGCAGCUGUUGGAACGUCUGCAGGAGGAACCAGCCCCACCAGCCUCCAUCAUCCUACAUGAGUGGAGACUGUGAAGUCUUUCUGCUGCAGUGUGUCAUCCAUUUGGCUGAGAAGGAGACUGUCUGCAGUCUCCCUUCUUUCCAACACCUGGACACCUCCAGGACCCUGAGAGUGACCCCUCCCACCCUGGACAGACACUUUCUGAGUCGCUCUCCUCUGUAUCAUGAAACUGCCAAUAUUAUGUACAUGUGAUUAAAAACAACAAAAAACAUUAA